AUGCCACGAGAAAAGAGCCGUUAUCGCGACAAGCGAAGUUCUUCUUGCAGUUCUGAUUCGUCAUACGACAGGAAAAAGCCGAAAAGCAGACAUAAACGCCGUUCGCGCUCAAGGGAUCGUUCGGAGUCUAGUAGCCAUAGAAGAAAACGAUCAACUUCAAGAUCAAGGCACAAAAGAAGAAGUUAUUCCCGAAGCCUUUCAAAGGAACGCUACGAAACAAAAUCGAGAAGACGAUCAUUGUCGAGAUCCAAAUCAAAGCGUUCAAAGAGAACAGUUUCUAGAGAACGUUCCCGUUCGAGAUCUAGUUCCCGUAGUAAAUCAAAGUAUAGUAAAAGCAGCAAAAAGCAUAGAAAAAGAUCCCGUUCUUCAAGCAGUCGCAGUUCUUUUGAUAUAGAACGCCCACUGAGAAGAGAAAACCUUGAUGACACGGAAACAAAAGUAGAAAAAGCUAUUAAAGCUGCAGAGGCUGCUGGUUUAACUAUGACAAAAAUUCCUUCAUAUGAAUUUAAAGAAGUAGAAAUAAAAGCUGAUAUGCCUACUAUAUAUGACAGAAACUUAAUUGAUGAGUUGAACAGUGAUUCAUUUGUUCAGAAAUCCUUCACAUCAUCAAGAAAUAAAAAACAGUCGCAGAAUAUUGUAAUUGACUUAAAUGCAGAAACGAUUAAAGUCCCUGAAUCAGAUAUUAAAGUUCAUAAUGAUGACUCUAUUAUAAACUUUGAUGAAAUACCCAGCGAAGAAGAACUUAAAGAAAUGUGGGUGAGAAAGCUGUACCAAUAUAGGAAAAAGAUGUUAAAAGGAGAAUUA